AGAUAACACGAUCGGAUAAGAGAUAUAUAGACGGAAUAGACUCGUGUAACAGUAGUCUUAGCCUAAAAUUGUGGAACAGUAGGAUUUACUUUGAAUAAUGAGAUCUGACCGGAGAAUUGGACUGAAUAUUUUACUAGCAGUUAUUUUGGGGUUGGCUGGCCAUUGUUACGGAGGGACUUGCGAGUCAGCAAAGCGAUGGGGUUUCAUUUGCCUAAGUGCUACUGAGUUAGCGGUUUGUGGGACACACGAUGGUAUCACUUUCCUCGCACUGGAUUCCGAAAUCUGCCCUUCCGGCACAUAUUGCAAUGAAGAUCAUCGAAACUGCUCAUCCACGCCAUCUCUCAAAUCCAGCUAUGCAGAAAUUUUUACUUGCCCUUCAGAAGGAUUUUACCCAAACUUGGGCAAUUGUGGAAAAUUCAUUUAUUGUUCAUCUGCGGGGGCUGACCCCGUCUCCAUUGACUGUCCCCCAGGGAAAAUGUACUCGACGAAACAAGGGUGUUGCACGGACACCUUAACCGAGGCCAGUUGUGAACGACGAUUGAUCUCUUGCGAAACUCAGGGUCAAGUAGGUGCGUGGCCUGAAGAUAACAGAUAUUUUUACUAUUGCUCUAAGGUACCACCACCAUAUUCGAUGGUGUACCCACAUUUGAUGAAGUGUGGGGAGAAUGAGGUUUUCUCCAACGAUCGAUGUGUAUUGCAAACAGCAACUACUGCUGCGACUACCACGCUACCUCAAAAGUGCACACCUGGAACUUUCUUUAGGGACUCUCAAGAUUGCCGUUGGUACAGCUAUUGUGAUAGUGACAGGGUUCUCAAAAAGUACUGGUGUGGUUCAUACGCGUAUUUUGACACAGGAAAGAAUCGAUGUCUCGUUGGUAACUGUUAGAUGGAAGAUCAAUGUUCAUGUCCUAAAUGACCAGCAAAAUUAUAUAUAAGGUUCAAAUAGAAGUGUCGAAGUGAAAGAGAACUCCGUUUUCGCAAAUAUAUACUUUUUCUAAU